AAUACCAUUUAAAUGGAAAGGUGAAUGUUGUGUGUGUUUGUUCACUUGUUGUACAUUUUGUACAGUGCACGCGUUCCGGAGCGCUUUAAUCAUUAUUAUUUCGUUGGAUUGCAAUACGAGUGGUAUUUAUAAAACAUGUAUGUGUACCGCAUACGGAUCGGUAUUAAAAAAAACCUUAAUAGACCAAUUGUGAAAAAUGUUUCACUAAACAGUUACGAGUAUAUAAAUGUCCGUCGAGCAGUGAAACGCACGAAAUCCAAUGAUAGAGAAAAUGGAAAAGUGUGUUUUUUUGUACGUCAUCUUCACUUAAAAAUUAAUUCUGGGAUGUUUAUAACACGCUAAUUAAUGCUCUGCACCGUAAAACCAAAGCGAUCUCUUUUUUUCGGUAGUGUAAAUAAAUAGGCUUUCAACACCAUUUCGGUUGGAUAAACAAUAUCGGGUGGAAUAGUCGAACAUUCAAAUCAGCUUUUUUUUGUAUAUUUAAUUAUUUGUUAAGCGGCAAGAUUCGCUCGUAUAUGUCACAUAUCAAACGCUUAUUGGGAUAGUUAAAAAUUUCUGUUUAUAUUUUGCAAGAGACAACCUGCUGUUACAGAACAACAUCUGGUCAUCGUCAAAGCUUAAAAAUCAGUGAACAUGACGUGUGACAAUAAAGUACAAUCGUUGCGACAUCCCUACGAGCUUCGACAAAUAGAUGCUGAAUUGAAUUUUCCAAUAAUAACAAAUAUCAAACAACCGACCUGCCUAAAGGACGAUACUCAACGAAGCACCGACAGUUUGAUUUAUCAAAUAACAACUUCAUAAAUAUAUAUGGGUACGAUGAACACGAAAAUUUUCUUCUAUGACUGAAGCAGAGCUUGAAGAGAAUGGAAAUUCAACAGACCAUCAUGAAUGCCGAUUCACAGCAAAUUAUUCAACCAACCACAAAGCAAACAACGCAUCAAAUAAAUGAAUAAACACUUGGAACCACUAUCAGCGGAACAGCAGCAAAGCUAUCAACAACUAUUGGAAUUACACAAUACGAAUCGCUCGCUUAGCAACUUUUUAACAUUACAAAAACAGAUGGUGAUGUCACCAAGCCGACGUUCGUCACCACCAAGACUGGCUGCUCAUCCCAUGAACAUGCAUUUGGGCCUAGCCCACACCCAAAUGCAACUACAAUCGCAAAUGCACCAAAAGCUUGCAGCUGGACUACCGCCAAAUCAUUUAAACAAUUUCUUCAAAAGCCCGUCAUCGUCGCCCAGCAAUAGCAACAUCACGAAUACGAGUUCAACGUCAAGCAUGGUGUCAGCAUUGGCCAACUCUUCGAGUCCGCUGAAUCACUUGCAAAAUAUGCAACCGUUCGAUUUUCGUCGGCUUGGUGCUGCGGCUGCUGGAUUCGGUGCGUUUCCGCCGAGUCAUCAGCAUCCUCGACUGAGUCCUGAACUAGAACGACACCAUUUACAGCAACAAAUUGCGGCUGCUCAAGCUCGACGGCGAAUGUCCGAAAGUGCAUCAAAUGAAAAGCAAAGCAAUCAAGCUGGUCUAAUGAACAUGGCGAUGGCAGGUCACCAUCUACCAUUUCAUUUGCCUCCACAACCCAACAACAUUUCACCGUCAUUCAAUCCGUUAGCAGCGAGUCUUAUGGCUUCGUCUUUCUCCAACCUGAUGAACAACUCGAAUUCAUCGAAGAAUAAAUCGCCAGUUGAACCUAAGAAAGAACCAAAUAACCGCAAUCGUGACGAAUCAUCCAUUCAAAAUGCAUUGAAUUUGAGCCGAGAUGGUAGAGAUUCACGGAGUCGAAGUCCGAAAGCGAUGCACGGUCAUAUGCAACGACUACCGUCGACUCCGACAAUGCAAUCACCACCAUCAUCGAUUCGAAAAUCACAUUCACCGGCGAAGAGACAAUGGGGAUCAGUGCCACUUAAUCUUGGCACGCAGUUCAUAAAUCCAGCAACCGGCAAGAAGCGAGUUCAAUGCAACGUUUGUCUGAAAACUUUUUGUGAUAAAGGAGCAUUAAAAAUACAUUUCUCGGCGGUACAUCUGCGUGAAAUGCAUAAGUGUACCGUCGACGGUUGCAGUAUGAUGUUCAGCUCAAGACGAUCCCGGAAUCGUCACAGUGCCAACCCGAAUCCGAAACUUCAUUCGCCGCAUUUGCGAAGAAAAAUAUCACCACACGAUGGUCGCAGUGCACAGCCGCAUCCGUUAUUACUACAACCACCGCCUGGUAUGAUGCCUGCCGGAAUGAAUUCAAUGCAUCCGUUCAAUCCGUUCCCAUUGCUCACUCCGCCACCAGAUUCCCGGCAUUCGGGCUUAUCGGGCAUGGACUACAAACAUGGAGGCGAUCUGAUGGCUCACGGUAAAUACAACCACGACGAUCACAUGAAAGCAAUGUCUGAGGGAAGUAGCAUACACGAGGAUGACGACGACGAUGAGGAAGGAAUUGUGGUGGUCGGUGACGAAGAUGAUCACGACGAUUUGGAUGAUAGCAAGGAGAAAUCGGAUUGUUUCGACACAUAUCGAUCGCAUCGUUUGAACAGCGAUAAUCAGCCAACUGACUUUAGUAUCGCGAGAAAUUUCCCGAAAAAGUCGUCGUCGGAUGCUGAUGAUGUGAAUAGCGGCUCAGAUACGAAUGAAGACUCACUCAGCGUCACCGAUUCCCACAGUCUAAAGGACGAUCUGAAUAAUUCCUUGCGGACAAUCAAUAAGAGAAAGCGAAAAAGUUUGAAUCCAAUUCGAUUUGCUGUGCCGCUGAUGAGCACAAUGGACAGUAUGUCAGAAGACAACGAUUCGACGGAUAUGAGCUACAACUCUCAACCUGUGCAAGACCAGCCCGAACCACUCAUCAAACGACCCAAAUCCGUUGAACCACCGAAUGGAUCGAAGACAACCUCACCUCCACCAUUCUCCGCGGUAAACCUAUCUGUUCACAAUCACAAACACGAUGAACGACCAGUUAUCAAAUCCGAACCAGUUGCAAUUAAAGAAGAGAAAAAGGACACGUGUGACGAACAACCAGAAAAUCUGACUCUGGAUUUGUCGUGCAAGAAAGGCACAGCCACCGAUAUGGACGAAAUGCCGGCGAAUGAAAACAAUAACGAAAUCGUUGCAAAGUCUGAGAAAAUGUUCGGACAAACGUCAGAAAUCAAACGUGAAAUUGUCGACUAUGAACCAGUGAAAAAGUACGAUGAGUCCGAUAUGUCGAUAGGUGCGUUGAGACGAUUGGAAAACUUGUCGCAAAAUCGUAUCAACGAUCUGAUAAUGACUAGAAACAACCUGCUGGGAAAUCAAUUUUCGAACCUAGGAUUCAUGAUGAAUGCCACACCACCGAGUCCGGCAAGAUCGCAUACGUUGUCACCGACAAAUAAUGACCCAAAUCCCGACAACGAUUCAGAAUGUGAUGACGAAGAUUACGAAAACGGAUUGUAUAUCGACGGAAUGGAUGUUCCGAUUGACAAGGACAAUCCAAGGAAAUGUGCAGCAUGCGGCAAAGUCUUCCAGAAUCACUUCGGUGUUAAAACUCAUUAUCAAAAUGUUCAUUUGAAAUUGUUGCAUAAAUGCAAUGUUGACGGAUGCAACGCUGCGUUUCCCAGUAAGCGUAGUCGUGACCGGCACAGUGCUAACUUGAAUCUGCACAGAAAAUUGCUCUCAACAUCGUCCGAUCGACUGGAUGAACCACCACCACCGGACAAAUCAUUCACAUCAUUACCGAACACUUUGCAAACGGAAUUUCUCGCUCGUCUCUACGCCGAUUCGCAGCGACUUCCGUUCAGUUUAGAGGCUUUCAAAAACAAUUUCCCCGAAAUGAAUCCAUUCGCCAGUGGCCUAUUGAAUGGCAGCGAUAGUCGAUUUCCUGCCGCUGGCCACCAUCCACCGAAUCCAUUCUUAUUUCCUCCGCUGGGCGGUCUACCCGGAUUUCCGAAUUUCAGCACAUUUGCUCCGCAUCUACUACCUCAUCCCCUAAACGGCUUCUCGGCACUGAACAAUCGACGCCACUCGUCCGAUUCCCAUUCGCCAAUAUCGGCAUGCUCACCGCCGAAUAGCACGCACGUAUCAUCGCCAAUAUCUCAACAUCACGACGACGAACGAACAACGCCCAUUGACGAUAAAUCCUGUGUUCGACGCACCCCGGACGGAUUGUCGUGACCGUACAAAACGAAUCCGUUUGUACGCUUUUCACCCGAAUGGUGAAACGGAGCAAUUUGGUGGUAAGUUUCUCAUUUGUUGUGUUUUAGGUGAUCUCAAAAUUGAAGAAAACUGAACAUUUUAUUGAGUGUGUGAACACUACUGUUGCGAUAAACGGUGCCCAGUGAUAAACAAAAAAAAAGAGAAAGAAGAAUUACUAAGAGAAUAUGCUAUUCAGUCUCCUUUUCUUUAAGUAUAAAUAAUUUAGUGAUUGUAAACAACUCGUAUCAGUAAAAUUAAAGUUUAAAGUAAAAAUAAUUAAAAACAAAAAAUAAAUGAAAAAAAAAACAAACAAACAAACGCAAGUUAAUUAAAUAAAGUGCAAUAUAAUUCACAAUCUAUCGUCUCGUUCUAUAUAAUUCUCUCUACUUAUUAAAUUAGGUUUAAUUUAUUAUACGUAACUGUAAGCUUGUGUAUACAUGAACAAUAAGAAGAGGAAUAAUAAUCGUAAGAAGAAGAAGAAGAAUAAAAGAAAACAAUAAAACAAAAGGAAAAGUGUAA